UGGUUUGGAAAAUAUGUUCACUCAAUUAUUUAGUAUCUAUCAGGCAGCAAAUGGAGUACUGUUUUGUUUUAACUGGAUGAAAUUGGAAGAAAAAAAUAGAAAUGUCUUCAAAACAGUGCUAUAGGGUCUGAUGCUGAAACUGUGGAUUUGUACUCACCACCAGAUGGGAUAGCCUCCAAGCACCCGUGAGCUGGACAACCACACACACAUCAAAUAUCCAAUCAGAUACAAAUCCAUGAGGGGGCCGAAGUCUUUUUGCUGAGAAACCUCCGAGGCAUGAGUGAGCUCGGUGGACUGAGGGGGCUGGAAGGUCGCUCAGCAGGGGCUGGGAGCGUGCACUCUGCAGAGAGGAGGCUGAGUGCCCACCGCAGAGAGAGAGCCCAGUGACCACAGUCUGGAGCAGACAGAAAGUCACGGCAGGUGGGUUCAAACUAAGAUCUAGUGUCUGUACAUCGCACAGGAGGUAGAGUGCUUUUGAAGUGGCACCACCGUCAUCAUGAAUGUGGGCACGGCACACAGCGAGGUGAACCCCAACACCCGAGUGAUGAACAGCAGAGGAAUGUGGCUGUCUUACAUCCUGGGCAUCGGCCUCCUGCACGUCAUCCUGCUCAGCAUUCCCUUCGCCAGCGUACCUGUGGUCUGGACCCUCACCAACCUCAUUCACAAUCUGUGCAUGUACCUCCUACUUCACACGGUCAAAGGGACGCCCUUUGAGACCCCAGAUCAGGGCAAGGCUCGCCUCCUUACACACUGGGAGCAGAUGGACUAUGGUGUGCAGUUCACAGCUUCACGCAAGUUCCUCACCAUCACACCCAUUGUCCUGUAUAUACUAACCAGCUUCUACACCAAAUACGAUCGGGUCCAUUUUGUGGUCAACACUGUUUCCUUGCUCACUGUACUCAUCCCCAAGCUGCCCCAGCUGCACGGUGUGAGGAUCUUUGGGAUUAAUAAGUACUGACAAGGCAGAAGAGGACACCUCCUUCCCGAAGUCCCCAUGGACUGCUGAAAGCACAAAGAGUAUCAGGCCUCUGAUUUGGCUGCAGAUCCACAAGGAUCUGUGGCUCUCUGGCUCUCGACUCUGCUGAGCAGCGCUCUAAAUGAAGCCUACUGGGGAUACUGCCAUGGUACCAAACCCCAGGAAAGAGACACAAUACACUUUACAGAGAGCACAAAGGGAAAGUGUACUGUAGUGAUUGUUUAAGUUACAGGUUUUCCAGAGACACUUAAAUAGCGUUUGUAAAAAGGGAGUAUUAUGUCCAUUUCUGUAGAAAUGACAAUUUUCUGUUGUGACAGGUGUCAGGGGGAGAGAACAAUGUAGUUGCACAAAUAUCAUGUGCCAUCUUACAUCCAUUGGCACACUGAGGCAGUAAUCAAAGUUAUUUUGUAUGUAAUGAUACACUGCUGUAUUUAUUCAGCUUCACUCCUACGAGAAGCUUCCUCUUACGUGAAGUUUCUGGGCUUAGAGGAGAGUAACAAUACUUUAAUGAAAUGGUAAGGGACCUGUGAACUGCUGCAGAGGCAGGACACGAGAAGCCACAAGGUUUUAUAUUUAGCCCUCGCUGUUCUGCUCAGGGCCAAGAUUGGAAAGUUAAGCAACUCUUAUUUUUAUCUGACCAUUUCCAUAUUUGGACUCCUUGUCCUGGUUGGUGUUACACAAAGCCCCCUGUCUGCAGAAUUGUCUGGCCUGUGGGCAGAAAGUACGUGCAAGAGCUCUCUGGUCCAGUCCGUAAAUAUAAGUGAAGAGAUAAGUAUUUCUGUCCUUACUUUAUUACACUACAUUCUGGGGACACAUACUUGUCGCUACUCUAUAAAAGUACUCAGGACCCAUUACAUUAGCAUGAGCCUGUCUGCAUCUCAGUUUGGAAUCUGGAGGCAAAUUAUGCGGUUAGCAUUUAUUAGGUGCACAUGUGAUCUAAUGCAAUCCAAUACAUUAGCCUUGCAGUAAAUUCUGAAAUACUCAGAGGUGUUUCAAAUGUUUUGUUCACCAUUUACAUAUAUGAAAGGGGCAGAAUAUUAGAAACACCUCUCAACAACAAAAUAACAACGGAAACAUUCACCCAUAAAAUGAAAAGUAAACAGCAACAAAAAUAUAAAAAAGAGAAACGAUAUAAAGCUGCAAUCAUUGAUUUAUUUUCGCCAUUUGGGGGCACCAAACAAUCUUUGGAAAACCAAAACAAUUCGCUAAAAGACACUAAAACGCUCCGUAGAGCUGAGGCUAACUGCAAGGUCGGAUGGUAACUUUCUGUGGCAUUGUCACAACGAGCAACCCUUCUCACAUUGCACGUUAUCAUUUGGUCCAUUGUUAAAAUGUUUAAAAAAUAUGGACUCUAGUGCAGCUUUAAGAUUUAUUCUUUUUCCCCCCAAAUAAAACAACUGGAAAGAGAUAUUGGUUUACUAAAGUUUUGGCCUCAGGUGAUUUUUAGUGUAGCUGCAUCCACAAAAUGAAGUCUGAUCCAAAUCCAGAUCUUUCAAGAACGUCAAGUGCUCCCUCUUAUGAAUAUUCAUAGUCCCUAUGAUAGAUCUGGGUAAGUCGUUAUGAGUUGGCUUAUAGCUUCGCCCUGGGUAGACAGCUCAUUCUUAAAAGCUAUUCAUCAUUUGAAGGUGCCACCACGGACUGUCUCAUCUGUAAAAGCACUAAAGUGGUUUUCAGUCUCGAUCAAAUAGCUUGGGCUCUGUGAGACUCUUCACAGCUCUGCAUGCGACACUGUUAUCACAGUUUUAUACAUUUUCAAUUGUUUGUUCUAUUUUAUUAAAGGGGCACUCCAUUUAUUUAGUACUGCCUCACAAACUGGCAUCAGUUUACCACAGACACAGUCAGGAAGGAAUGAACACCAGCCAGCAAUCAGAUAUAAGUCCAUUUCUGCUCUUGCUGCUUGCUGUCAGCUAACACAAACAUUUGGAGGCCGCUGGAGCAGAUUUUUGAGAUGGAAUAGCCACUGUGGCCUGCAGAUUGUCUUGGGAGCUUUGAAGCUGCUUUAAAGGCCCUGAAAACCAAUUUUCUCAAGCAGCAUCUUACUAUGAGCAAUGGGUUCCAAAGCAUCUUUAGAUCAUAUCUGUUUUCGGAUCCAAGGACAUUUAUACUGUAGCAGUUAUACUGUAGUAUGUGCUAAAGGGAUUCUGAGUUAUGUUACAAAGCUGCUUCGUAUUAGAGUAAGAAUGUCUCAAAGGUAAUAUGUCACUGUUCAUUUAAAAAUGUUAGGGAACAUUUUUGUUUUGAAGUUUUACAUAUUGCUAGUCUAAUGCACGUGUAUGAUCUUUUUUUCAUCGCACUUGCCAACGGAAGGCUGAAGUGUCCAUGAACCAUUUCAGCAUGGCAGUUCUCAUUUUGAAUUAGUUUGUUAAGUAAUAAUAUUAAAUUGUAGGGUGUGAAUCGCUACCUUAACAGUGAUUUAGUUUGAUUCCUCCACGUGGGGAUUUUUGUUCAACUGUAGAAACCAGAAUUUGAUUUGAUUAGUCAAAACUGUAUAGUCACCCCUAACCCUGCUGCAAUAAGAGGCAAAAAGUUAUGUUUCCACUCUUUCACAAAAUGUUAUGAUAUCAAACACUGUUCAGACUGUUUCUAUUAAACAGUGUUUCAGUGUUGUCAAACUGGAAGACUGCUUUUAAAGAAAGACCAGAGGAUUAAAUAUCUUCUUUCCUGAAUAGAAGAAAUGUUUACAGAAGUUAGUCUGAACAGUGUUGGCCACACAUUUCACUCUGAGCAAUAGUAACAUCAGUAGCCAUAGUAGCAUAAAUAUCCAUAUUUUACUGACAGCAGCAGUAGUAAUAGUAGUAGUGACAAUACCAGUGUCAUCUUUUAAGGUAUGGUAGACGGGGGACAAGUUUUGAUUAAAUUCAAUUAUUGUGAUUCAUGCUGUUUCAGAUUAAUCAUAGCUGAACCCAAAAUACUUUUAUUCAGUUAUUUCUUUUUUGCAGAUUGAUGUAUUUAAUUGGCAUCAUUUAGAAUUGAUACAUUGAUCCAACCAAUGACAAACAUGGACCAAAGAACCAAAGAAUUGUGGAUUUGUAAAUACUAGUUGAUCUGCUACAGCUUUCAUUUCUUCAUCAUGAUGUUUCUUAUAUAUUGUCACCAUGAAGGGCUUUCUUCAAUGACAUGCUCAGAUAUUUCUUAGCACAAAGCGAUUAUGCAUUUUUCAUGUUCUUUUUUAUUUUAUUUUACUGGACCGUUUAGGACAACGGGUUUUGAAAGAAGGUUGAACUGAAUGUUGAUGUAAAUAUGAAACAGUGUGCGCAUGGCUUCUGUUUGUUGAGCAGUGUACUUGCUUUUUGAAGGAAAUGUUAAUGUGAUCUUCUGUAAGAGUGCUUGACCCAAAAUACAGUAUUUUUCAAGUAUCAUCUCAAAAUUCUUUAUUGUUGCAUUUGUAUUGUAGCUGAGUUGUGGCAUUAUGAAGAAUUGUGUGCACAUAAACUUUUUCUACUCUACGUUUAAUAGUUGGUACCACACGAUGUGAGCCUGUUAAGGGCUUUGAAACCUGUUGGAUCAGGAAGGUUGAGAAUUAAAUCUAAAGGUAGAUUUAAAGAUCAGAUGGAUUACUGUUAAUCUGAAGUUCCAGACUUUAUUUAGGACACAUUGUUUUCUCUUUGACAUGCCUCCAGUCAGAUUUGACUUGAAACGUUUGUAAGAGUUCAGUUCAAAGUUUUAUAUUCCUUUUUUUACAUCUCUGAAUAGUCAAGCUUGAAUUGAAGCAAAGUGUCAGCACUUGCAAUGUACAGUUGACCUAAUAAAAGUAGGAUCCUCUUUCAAAA